AUAAUAUAUAUACAAUGAGUACCGAACAAAAAAAGAAACCAAUAAGAGUCUAUGUUGAUGGUUGUUUUGAUUUAAUGCAUUUUGGUCAUGCUAAUGCAUUAAGACAAGCAAGAGAAUUGGGUGAUAUUUUGGUUGUUGGUGUUCAUACAGAUGAAGAAAUCACUAAAAAUAAAGGACCACCAGUAAUGAAAGAGCAAGAAAGAUAUAAAGCUGUUCGUGCCUGUAAAUGGGCUGAUGAAGUUGCAGAAGGUGCUCCAUAUACAUUAACUGAAGAAUUUUUAGAUAGUCAAAACUGUGAUUUUUGUGUUCAUGGUGAAGAUAUUUCAGUUGGUGCUGAUGGUAAAGAUGUUUAUGAAGGUAUUAAAAAGAGUGGUAAAUUUAGAUUCAUUAAACGUACCGAAGGUGUCUCAACUACUGAAUUAGUAGGCCGUAUGUUAUUAUGCACCAAAGAUCAUCUUUCAAACUCUGUUGGUAAAGAAAGCACUUCACCAAUCGCAGAUGUUAACCCAAAUCAACUUCACAAACAAUCACCAUAUACCUCAAUGUCACAUUUCCUUCCAACCACAAGAAAAAUCGUUCAAUUCUCAGAAGGUCGUGCUCCAAAACCAAAUGAUAAAAUUGUCUAUAUGGAUGGUGGUUUCGAUUUAUUCCAUGUUGGUCACACUGAAGCACUCAAACAAGCUAAAGCUCUUGGUGACUUCCUCAUCGUUGGUGUUCAUGAUGAUAAAACUGUUAAUCAACAAAAAGGUUCAAAUUUCCCAAUUAUGAAUCUUCACGAACGUGUCCUCUCUGUUUUAUCAUGUCGUUAUGUUGACGAAGUAGUCAUUGGUGCUCCAUUUUCAGUCACUAAAGAAAUGAUCGAAUCACUUCACAUCAAUGUCGUUGUUCAUGGUGAUGACCCAGUUAUUUUAGGUCCAGAUAAUGGUGCUGAUCCAUACAAGCUUCCAAAAGAAAUGGGUAUCUAUAAAGAAAUCGCUCAUACUGAAGGUUUAACUGCUUCUGAAAUUGUUCAAAGAAUUAUUGAUAAUAGACUUCAAUUUGAAGCUCGUAAUCGUAAAAAACAAGCCAAAGAAAUUGAUUUCAUUGAACAAUCAAAAUAA